AUGGACUUCCACCGCCCCUCCAGCACACUCAGCUCCGUCGACCGGAAGCCCAGCGUCUUCUUCGACGACGGCACCAUCGACGGCCAGAUCCUCGACACCCCCGUCCUCAUGUCGCCCACCACCAGCACCCAGGGCAUCUUCUCGCCCGAUACCUCCAUCUGGGAGGACUUCUCGCACCAGGGCCAGUUCAUCGACCGGACCGCAACGAGCUCAGUCGUCAACACCAACGCGAACAACCCCUUCUUCACCGAGCAGAGCAACAACCCCUUCGCCCGUCUGCCCCCCAACCAGGCCGCCAGCUAUGGCCAGCAGACCUCAUGGCCCGUCCAAGAGCACUCCGGAUCGCAGACGCCGACUGCCUCCAAGCCACUGAACCCCUUCGCCCCCUCAGACUUUGGUGCCGCUCCCCCGCCCUUCGUUGCGGACCCUCCCCAGCAGAUGACCUUCCACGGACUGCCAGUGCAGAGCAACGUAAGGCCCAGCUCCGUCUUCCCACAGGCAGGCCCCGAGCAACCGCUGUCACCGCACACCAACUCGGAGUGGAUGGCUUUCAACCAGCAAGAGAUGGACGCCCGCCCAGGGCCCAAGCGUAUGAGAGCCAGCUCCCCGGCCCGGUCCUUCACCCCUCAGCGUGGCGGUGGCAUCAGGAAGAAGAACGCUCGCUUCGACAUCCCCUCGGAACGGAAUCUAUUCAACAUCGACCGACUCAUCCAGGACUGCACCGACGAGCAAGAGCUGAAGGAGCUCAAGCAACAGAAACGACUCCUCCGGAACAGGCAGGCCGCGUACAAGCACACUGAAGAGCUCGAGGAAGAGAAGAAGACCUGGUCUGAUAAGAUCUGCGGCCUACAGGACGACUUCAACAACCUCAGGGUCGAGUAUGACCGUCUUCUUUCCGAGAAGGAGAACUGGCACCGCGAGCAGAUGGAGAUGCAUCAGAUCGUCAACCAGCUCCACUUCGACAAGGAAGAACUCGUCCGCACUCACACCCUUGAGACUGGCGAGCUUCGCAAGAAGGUCUCCGUCCUCACCGAGAGGCUUGAGUGUGCCACGACCAACACUGCCUCCAUGGCGCCUAGCUCUGCCUUUACCGACUUCACUUCGGACAUGGACAACCUCAACAUGAGCAACAGCGAAUGGGACAACUACAUCUUCGUCAAUGACUUCGAUGAGCAGACCCCUGGUCAGCAACCCCAGGAGCAGCCCCUUGCUAUUGUGCCGCGCGGCAAGGACGAGGAGAAGCCGGUCGCAUCCGGCCUCCUGCUUAUGCUGCUCCUCUGCGGCGCUUUCGUCGCAAGCAAAUCCUCCGGCUCUGCUGCACCGCCCAUUCCUCGUAUGCCUGAUGAGGUCCGUGCCGCUUCCACCCAGGUUCUUGACAGCAUCUUCAAGGACGCUGGUGUUGCACCUACUGUUACCGAGCAGGGUGUUGUCGCCAACCGCGUCUCCAUGGUAGAGCCUGGCCCAUCCGGCAUGGCUUGGGCUAAGUCUGGUGCUGACAUCGAUGCCCUUACCGGAUCUGCUCUCGACCAGCUGCACACUCAGCUCACGACAACCAGUAAAGAGCAGGAACACGAACAGCUUUUCUCCAUCACACCGGCCCAGUACAACAGCAUGACUUCUAUGGACUUCACUCGCACCCGAUACAGCAUCGCAAGCGACGACUUCAGCGACCCACUCUCGCCGGGUUCGCAGCCGUCUCACCGCCGCAACCUUGCCGCCACUCUCGCUGCCAUGCGUGAGCAGAGCAAGAGCGACGGCGCCGCCGACAUCUACACGCGGAGCUUGCUCUGGGACAAGAUCUCACCCGAAGUCGUUGUGGAGUUUAAGCGCAUGGUCGAAGAAUCUGCCGCCGCCUCCCGCCCCGGCACAUCCGACGGCCACCCCUCCAAGCUUGACAACAUCGGCUGA